AUGGCGUUCGUCCCUGAUUUGGACACACUGGAGAGCAGCAGCCUGAACGAGGAGACAUUUUAUGGCCCUGACUGUCUCUGCCUGCAGAAGAAACCCCGCCUGGACUCAGAGAUGACAUUGCCUCGGUUGGGCAUCCAGGUGACGGUGACCAAGGGCCACCCUGCCAGGACCUUUCGCCGGGUCGCCAUCCUUGUGGUGGCUGUGACCAAGCUCCUGAAGCGGCCGGCACACAAAGACUUCACUGACAGUGACCUUGGGAGCUUCCUGGAUGAUAUUUUCGAGCCCGUCUCCUUCCAGCGGGUCGAGGGUAGCUACGCCGGGGCACCCGUCUACCGCUACACCCGCUCCCAGUCCUUUGACAUCUUCGACAUCGAACACAAGUGCUUCGUGCUGGAGUCGCCAACCCAGCUGGUGGCCCUGCACCUGCAGGGACCCUCCGCCGGGCGGAAAGUGAAGCUCAACAUCGCUCUGUACCGUCCCCAGUCAUCGCAGGGUGGCCCAGGGACCGGGCGGAUGCCAGUGGCAUUGGGCAUCAAGGGCUACCAACUCUAUAUGUCCUGUGUGAUGAGUGGCACUAAGCCCGUGCUGCAGCUGGAGGAAGCUGACAUCAGGAGGGACAUUGAUAGCAUGGAGCUGACCCGCUUCAUCUUCUAUCGCCUGGACAGCCUGGCCGAGCGGACCACCCGCUUCGAGUCGGCCGCCUUCCCCGGCUGGUUCGUCUGCACCUCCCUGCAGCCCCCCCAGCCCGUCGGCAUCACCAACCAGCCUGACCAGGUCAACAUUGCCACCUACAAGCUGAGCGGGAGCUGAGGAGCCCCCGCACC